GCCGCCGCUCCCGCUCCGCUGCCCGGCCCGGCCAUGCCGCGCCUCCUCCUCCUCCUGCUUUUCCUCCUCGUCCCGCAUCUCGGCCGCGCCGCCGUCCCCAGCCCAGGGAACAGCACGGAGCCGCCGCAUGUGACCACACGGAACGGGACGCACUCGGAGCAGGAGUCCGGGCCGAGGCUGUCGCUGGGGUCGGGGCUGCCGGUGCUGAGGCGGGCGAUUUAUGUGCUGAGCGCUCUGUCGGCGCUGGCCGCGCUCUACUUCGUGCUGCGGGCGUUCCGCCCCAGGUCCGAGGGCACCAGAAACGAGCCCAAAACUCAUUUCAGGUUGAAGAAGCCCCAGAGGAAGAAGUAUGGGCUUCUGUCGAGCCAGGACGACAACAUCGAGCUGGGCUCCCUCGACAGCGACGAGGACACCGUGUUUGAAAGCCGGAACCUGAGGCGAUGACUCGUGACCAGAGGCACUGGCUGCCUGGAAUGAUGGAGGGCCCAAUCCCAGUGGAAUCUCCAGUGCUCAAGUUUUCUAUCUGCUUACAGUGACUUAAUUAACAAUUCGAGCCCUUCCAUAGCUGGGCCAGGGGAGAGGGGACCAAACCUGUUUUCUUCACGUGCAUUCUUGGGGACAUUUCUGGGGAAAGAUGAGAGCUGUUCACUGCAUGGGGGAAGGCUGAGGUAAGGGAGAUGCUCCUGGAUGAUUUUCAGCACCUGAAAUCUGAGCUGGAGAGCUGCCCCUGUGCCUCACAUCCCUCUCUCCUUGCCCUGGAUGCAUCAGAUUCUUUUUCCAGGCUGAUCCUCUUUCCUUCAUGCAAUAUCAGGUUACUUCUUUGGGAAGUGUCUCUGUAAUCAGCUCCUGGGAGGAGCUGGGAGAGCUCUGGGUGUCUUUUACACAAACAGGGGUGGGAGGGUGACAGUUCAGACAGAGCAGCUUUGGGAAUGAGUUAAAGGAGUUAGAUUUUGCAGUAUUGGCAGGAUAAUCCAGGUCAUUCGUGGGUUUACAGACAUGUUUACAAAUGAGAGGGGCCACAACCCAAAGGAAUAUUUCUCCAAAAAUGCCACCAAAAGGGCUGGGAAUGCCUGGACUCUGCCCAGCCCCACUUGGGAGUUCUCCAGGGACAUCUGUGACGUCUGCCAAGCUCUGGAUCUUGUGAUACCUGAGGAAGAGCCAAGUGUGAGCCAGGGAGUGUCCUGGAGCAGCUGAUGACUGGAAAAUGAGGACCACAACCCCUCUUGACUGUGAUUCAGGGCAGCCCUGGCUGAAUUAUCUCUUCUCAAGGACCCUGAAGUUUCACUCCCUUGGCUGGUACUCGGCAGGGUUCUUUCCUGCGGCCCUUUGUUAUGUGGAUAUUUGGGAUCUGAUUGUGCAGGACCAAAGGUGAAUGUGUCAGGAGGUUGUUUUUGGGUGGAUCUGCUGCUAAAACAGUGAAAACUGCUUUGCCAAGUGCUCCUGUCCAUAACCUUUCCUUGGAAACUGGCAGCACAUCCUUAAAUCCCACUUUUCCCCCCCAAGCUGGUAGUGCCUUUGUUUGGAGAACCCGAGGGAUUUGCCCUGCGGGCAGGGAGGGUCCCUGUGGCACCUUUAGGGUGAAUAUUUAGGAUGUCUUUGGAAUGCCUUUGGCUUGCAAAUCCCCUGUGGAGCAGGGGUGGGGAUGACCCUUGGAGAAGGGACAGGGAUGUGCUGAUCAGGGGGAGGCAGCUGAGGGAGUGAUCCUGUGCAAGCAGCCACGGUUUGUUUGUUCAGGACAGGUGAGGUUUCCUGGAGAAAUCCCACCCCCAUGGCAGCUCUGUCUCGCACGUGCACAAAGGAUUUUAAAAUACACAUAUAUAUAUAUUUUUAAUAACGUUGCCAUGUGCACACAGCACUUGGAUGUGUGCCCUGUUUUCCUGUCGUUUGGGUUGUUCCACACCUUUUUUGGGUGUUCCCUGCCUGUUGUAGCUGCUGCAGAUGGGAGCAGGCAAUUCCCACGAGGGAAUUGUUGAGACAUGGUCAAGGAUCUCUCUGGAUCCUGCAGGGCUGCAUGUGCUGGUAAUUCCUUGGCUCUUUUAUUAAUUUUUCCUCUGGAAAGUUUUUCCUUGUGCUGUUGAAGCCAGAUGAGCCUGACUGUCCCAAUCCAGUGCCAUGUUCAGUGUUUGACCAACACAUUCCUCAUCCUUCCUUUACCUGGAGUGAUGAACCUGAGAAUUCCUUAGGCUCCCCUUUUGUUGGACAGAUGGGGUUUGCAGUUCUCAAGUUUCCUCACCUUGCAGGAGUGGAGCAUUUGUUUAAUGUUAAAUGAUUUGGAUCAGAGGGAACCUCAAGCAGUAGGUCCUGCCCUGAAAAUAAUUCUACUGGAAUUAAUUCUAGCUGGAACAGAUGUUUGUGUUUGAGCAGGGAAAGGUGUGGAGCAGGUAAUGAGGUGCCAGGGAAGGGAAUAGAGGUGCCAGCCUGGAAUUUCUGCACCACUUCCAUGUUUUCAGAGUCCUGCUGGCCACCUUUAAAGGGUACAGAGGUGCUUGUGGGGCUGUCACUUGUCCUGAUCUUGGGCUGGAGACAAUUUGGAGCUGUAAUCAGGGACCCUGUGGAGCUGUUUCCAUUUCCAUCCUGCCCCUGGGCAGCAGUUGGCACCUGGAUUUGCCCUUUGCAGCCUGUGACAUUCCUUCCCUGCUCUGCUCUUGAGUCCUUGGAGGCCUUUUCUAAGAGGAGAAAACCAAGUAACAGAUCUGAGACUCCUUGGGGUGCUCAGCAUGAUCCCAUUUCUCCAGGAAGAACCAGCUGGAGCUGUCACUUCCUGCAGUGUGAGCAGUGCCAGGCCAGGGCAGGUGUUUCUGGGGUGGAUCCUGCAAAUAACAACAGCUUUGAACCCCUCACAUUUCCACAAAGGAGCAGUUCAGGUGUUCCUUUCAUUACUCUUUCAGUUCCCCCACGUGUAUUUGAAACCUUUGUUUUAGGUCUCUUUGCACCAGGUGGAUCUCCCAGUAGCUUUCCAGUUUUGGUUUUUCAGGCUGAACACAGGAAUGCAAACAGACCUGCCUGUCCUGGCCCUGGGCAGGCUGAGGCCUCACCAGCCACUGCUGCACUUUUCUUUCCCCUGCAUCAAUCAGGAUGUUGGUGGAGGCUCCAUGUGCCUGUUGGUGUGCAGGAUUCCUGCUCAUCCCAGCCAGAAGGAUCCAAUGGACCUGGAACAGCCACCACCUGUGUGCAUCAGGACUGACUGCAACAGUCUGCUCUGAGUUAAGCCAAAGCCAAUUUUCCAAAGUUUACAUAAUCCCUCUGUUGUCUUGGAGGCUUCCUGGGCUGCUCUGCUGCUGAUACCAGCCUGCCCAAACCGACUGGGCCAUCUGCAGGGUUAAUGGGAUCCGUGGGAGCAGGGUGAGAUCAGCUCUGUGGGUUUUGUUCUGUGCCUGGGAUGGGACCUGCAGCCCUGGGAGUGCUGGGAGAGGGGCCAGUGGUGGCAGUCAAUAAACAGCAUUGAGCAUUGUUGUCUGAA